CUCAGAGAUCGGGCUAGAAAAAUAGCGCCCUCUUGUCCAUCAGCGGGAAAAUUAGAGAUUGAGUGGAAAGUUUUGACAGUUGAUCAUCGCUAUGCAGAUGGGCCUAGGAUAGGCUUAACAUUUUGAUUUCGUAUGAGGUUUUGGUAUAUGCAACAAUACAAAGAUGUCUUUCUUGAAGAGUUCCACCAUGGAGGUAUACCUCCAUGGUUCACCACACUCUAAAAAGGAAAACGUAAUUAAUGCCAAAGAUGUUGAUCAUUACUUAUCUGUGAAAAGAACCCCGCUUCAGACUAUCUCACAAAAUUCGCCAAGUCUGUUAGCAAGAUCAAAGGCAAGCAGUAAGCGGCGGUCCCCGCUCUAUGAAGGAUUUAUUAAAGUGUCGCAGUCUACUCCUAUUUACAAAGCUGAUCAGCAAAACUCCACACUCAAUGAAUCAGAACAGAUGUGUGCAACUCCAGUUUCACAUUCCAACUUACCAACAUCUAUUGUUCUUAAUGAUGUAAAUACUCAUUGCGACUUGUCGGAAGUGUCACUUACAACUUCAAACUUCUCACUGGAACAGAAUAUUUCCAUUUCAGAAGUAACUUCUUCUUAUCCAUCUCUGGGUCAAAUUGAAAUGCAGUAUGAAAGCUUUGACAUCCCCAAGGAUGUUACCGAUUCAAAUUUCUCAAAUGAAAACUGUAGUUUAUGCAACCAGAGCUACUUCACGUCUGACAAUAAAGAGAAUGAAUACCAACCAGACUACUUCUUUGAAGAUAAUAGCAGGGAUGUUGAUGACGAUUUCCUAUUCCAUUCAAGGAACAGUGAUUCCAAAAUAUUUCUUGUACCACCAAUUGAAGAUGACCUGGUUAUACAAUCUCUUGAUGAUGUAGAAGUUCCAAGUGCUUGUCAGACAUCGAGCUCAAGUCUAAGUAUUUGCCAGACAUCAGGCUCUAGUCAGUUUGGAGACAAUGAAGAAAGUGAAGAGGCUGCUUUCUUAGAUAACGUCACCACUGAAAAUGAGGAGGCAUUUGCAUGUACCUUGGAAGAGAUUCAAGACUUAAUUGAAAAGGGAAUGUUUCUAGAAUCUUCAACUGAUGAUCCAAGACGGUUUGGUGACCCCUCUGAUGGGUAUGUUUCUGUUCCACUGGAAGGGUAUGAACCAGAAGAAGGAGAAGUGCAUGACACUGAGGGGGCCUCUGCUUUACAGAUUGUGUGUGAAGAUGCAUAUGAUCUCUCUGGUGAAUCAUUAUCUCCUGGGGAAAUUGGAUCCAGUUUGUUCUCAGAUAAUGCCAGCUUUUCCAGCAGCAGUGAUCAUGAGAGUAGUGAAAAAAGCAGCACUUAUUCAAACCCUGAACAGGAUUUAUUUAAGUCUGCCUCUGAUAUACUGCAAGUCCAUGGUGUGGAAAGCUCUGAAGAUCCAUCCAGUUCAAGAGGUUAUUUUGAAGCAAUGUACCACACAAGAGAUCACAUAGAUUAUGGGGAUGCAUGUGAUGAACAAUUGCCACAGAGAGGGGAAUUAUCUGGAGUGUAUAUAAAUAGCAGCUCGGCAUGUGUUCAAGAUGGAGAUUCUUAUCUUUUAUCAGAUCCUGAUUUAUUGAACCAAGAAUCUAGUACUGCAAGCUAUGUAAGUGAUGACAACUGGUCUGUAAGAGUUCAACCAGAUUCUGUGAUUUACCAAAAUGAAGUGGAUAUAUGGAAUUGUCAUGCCAUCCAAAGUGAUCUUGUGGAUUAUUUUGGGUUGAAUGAUGAUCUUCUGAAGGACGCUUUCAAUAAAGAUGCUCUGCGAGCAGAAUGUUCCAUGCAAUUACAAGAUGAUUUGGAAGAAUUAUCCAGCCCACCAGGUGAACUAUUUGAAAGUGUCGACCUUGAAAACAGUGAUAACGAUAAUGAAACUAAUGAAAAUGUCAAGGAACCAGUUCUAGAAAUUUAUGGCGACAGACACCAGAUCAAAAUGGAAAGAAAUUCUGACAUUUCAUCAGAAACAAGUGACCUUGAUGCACUUACAUUAAAUCCAACCACUGGUACUGAUAAAUCAGAAGUGAUCAACUCAAACUACCAAACAGUCCAAAUUGAUGGUGCAGAUAAUUCUCUUGAAGGAGGUGUUUGUAAUUCAUCAGAUUGUGAUGUCAAAGCUGGUCCAGAGAAUGUUUUGCAAACUUCACCCGAUGAAGAGAAUCGUGAAUGUGUUCGUUCAGAAUCAAUUGAUGAUAGCAAUGACGAUAACGAUGAUGAUUGGGAAUUUGUUUCUUACGAUGAGGAGGAUUGUAUCCAUGGCUUCCAUUCCAAUGCUAAUACUGAUGACAACUCAACCUGCUUGGAGGACAACAGCACUUUGAUUAGAGAUGCCAAGGAGAGCCAAACAGUGGAGGCUUUGAAGGCAGUCCAACAAAAUGUAAAGCAAAAAUGUGAAGCUGGCAGCCAACCUAUACCAUCCACCAGUCCUCAGAAAAGAGUACAUUCAAAGUGGAAAUGCACCAUCCUUUAAAUUCUUCAUGGCCUUCAUUUGUUCUGACCAGUAUAUCAUUUACGGGUUGUACUGUAGGUAAAUACUGACAAUAAUGCUUGAGAUCCAUUCACAUAGGUUUGAUGACAACAUCAUGCUCAUAUUUAUAGGAAUAGAAGUAUUACAUCUCCAUGAUACAGGCAAAUCACAAUUAGUCAAAACUAGUUGGUGUCAACAGAGUCUACAUAAGCUUAGCUUAGCUUAAAGCAAAAGUUUUCUGUUAAAUUUACGUUUUAUGUUGCUUCAUGUAAUUUGUGUGCAAUUUGUGUUUGUGCCUUUUUGAUUAAAGUACAAUUUAUCACAAUAAAAGAUA